CCCCUUCGCAGGUGUCUCCAUUUUUGGUCCGAAAACGUAGAAAUCGGAGAUAAAAGAUAUCCAGAAACCUCCAUUCGAAUAAUACAGCUCAUCGAAUCGAAGGAAUCUCGCCGGCAUUUCGUCUCCGGCGAAAAUUUCUCCACUGAUCAGAAGAUUUUGUUUCUAAAUUUAGUAGAAGAGACGAAAUCCCAAUCGAUGCUUUGAAGCUGAAGAAUAGGAAUUUCAGAUUCUUUCUUUUUCUGUUCCAAAACCUGUUGGAACAGAGAGUCUCUAUCUAUGCUUUGUUAUGAACUCGUAUUUCGAUAUUGAGAUUUGUUUCCAUGGAAGGAGGUAGAUGAAGAUACUGUCAACAAUCGAAGCUCCAAAUCUCUUGGUUGUGAGAUCUGCUCGUUCUUAAGUAACCGAAGAUUUAAUCCAUCUCUUUCUCUAUCUCUCUCUGGCUCUCUGUUUGAAGAGCUGAACGAAGAAGAAGAAACAUCAAAGAAGGAAAGCAGAGAAACUUCGGCUUUGCCAAAAUCGAUUAUUUCCUUCGCUUGCUUCAAUUAUCAGCUCAAGAGAGCAAAGAUGUUAACGUGCAUAGCUUGUUCAAAGCAAUUGGACGAUUCAGGGGAUGAAAAUACGCGUGGGACUCCAAGUACUAAAGAAGCCGUCAAAAGCCUUACGUCUCAGAUUAAGGACAUGGCAUUGAAAAUCUCGGGGUCCCAUAAGCAACCCAAGUCUUCCACACCUUCUAGCAGCUACAGAAAAACUCAGCGGUCUUACCCAGAUUUUGAUAAUGUGUCAGAAGGAAUCCACUACCCGUACAUGCAUAACGAGAGCUCAAGUUCGACACCAGCAUGGGAUUUCCCUAGUGUUAAUAGGGACAACUCCUCCGCAAUGGGAUGGGAUGCAAGAUUCAAGGGCAUAUCUGGUGGUGACCGAACACCUAGAGGACAUGAUUCUAUGUUGGGCCGGUCGGGUGACGUGGUCCUCCUUGAUGAGGAGGAGCCCAAGGAGUGGAUGGCUCAAGUAGAGCCUGGAGUUCACAUUACCUUCGUCUCUCUUCCUCAGGGUGGCAAUGAUCUCAAGCGAAUUCGUUUCAGCCGGGAAAUGUUCAAUAAAUGGCAAGCUCAACGAUGGUGGGGAGAGAACUUUGAUAGAAUUAUGGAGCUCUACAAUGUACAGAGAUUUAACCGGCAAGCUCUUACUACUCCACCUAGGUCUGAGGAUGAGCAAAGAGAUUCUUCUUACUCAAGGCUUGGAUCAGCAAGAGAAAGCCCAGGCACUCCAACGUUGAGUAAAGAUAGGAUACCGAAGAACUACUACAAGCCAUCAGGUAGCAAAGGAGGUUACUUUCCUCCAGAUCCUCUGGAACAAGGAAGCCAUCAGGCACAACACUACAAUGCUGGACCAAGUGUCUAUAUUCCAGGCUUCAGGGGAGAAACAUCUUCUAUUGAUGCAUCAAGGACAACAACCUCAUCCAGAGACGAAGCCUCAGCUUCUAUUAGCAAUGUCAGUGACCAGGAGACAGAGUGGGUCGAGCAAGAUGAACCUGGAGUAUACAUUACCAUCCGACAACUGCCCGACGGCACCAGAGAACUCCGGCGUGUUAGAUUCAGCCGCGAAAGAUUUGGGGAGGUUCAUGCAAAGAUGUGGUGGGAAGAUAAUAGGGAAAGAAUACAAGCUCAAUACCUCUAAAUUAGCAUUUUCAUUAUUAACCAAAUUAAUCGAGGGGAGAUUGCAGCACAGGUACUGCCACUCACCAGAAGAUCCAAUUGGUACAUCAAAAUGGAAUUCAGGAGCUGCCUUUCUUUUGCUUAUUUUUUUGCUACUUUGGUUAGCACAAUUUUUUGUAAAAUUUUUUUGGUCUUUGUUAUCUUGGUGAGUUUUAGACCAAGUUCAGUUGAGUAGGUGGGUCUCUCUGGUGCUUCAUAGAGUUCUUAUUGCUCUCAAAUUACAGAAUCGAUGUUUGUACUUUGUAACACAGCUUUACAGAAUGAGAAAUGGGAUUGGAUUCA